AUGGCUAGAGGAAACCAGCGCGAGCUCGCACGGCAGAAGAACCUGAAGAAGCAGAAGGAGAGCGCCAAGGGGCAGAAAAAGUCUGGGGACCCCCUGAAGCGGAUGGAGAGUGACGCGGAGAUCCUGCGGCGUAAGCAGCAGGCGGCGGACGAGCGCAAGGAGCGCGAGCGGCUGGAGCGGCUGAAGGCCGAGAAGGCCAGCAGGUAG